GUUCAGUACCUUCCUCUCUGCUUCGCAACUGAAUCUCUCCCACCUCAGUCGUUUCACGAUCUGGGUCUCCCAGAUCUGACGCGCAUCGCAUUGAAAUCGGGAAAAAGAUGGAUUCUUUCGCUCGUUUGAAGAUCUGGGGUUUCGCCCUUUUGCUGAUUCUACAAUCGGGAGAUGGGUUUUAUCUCCCCGGAAGCUACCCUCACAAGUACGGCAUCGGCGACACUCUGUCGGUGAAAGUGAACUCCAUCACUUCAAUUGAAACCGAGAUGCCAUUCAGCUACUACAGCUUGCCCUUCUGCAGGCCCACGGAGGGGGUCAAGGAUAGCGCUGAGAAUCUCGGGGAGAUUCUUAUGGGAGAUAGAAUCGAGAACUCGCCCUACAAGUUCAAGAUGUACACCAACGAGACCGAGAAUCUUCCUCUGUCAAACGAAGCCCUUGUCGGCCGACGACUUCAAGCUUAUGAAGAAGAGGAUCGACGAGAUGUA